AUGAAAUUUGCAACCCAACAAGCCCAUGCGGCCAAGGAUGACAGAACUGUGAAUGUUUCAUUCUUCUUAAAUGCGCGUGGUGAGCAGCUUGAAAGAACGACCGAAGUGUUAUUGGAACGAGUGCCUUUGCCACCCGAUCAUGACACUCAGAAAAUACUACCUCGCCUUAGCCGCCGCUUCCACCUCAGGGAUACAGCAGACCACGACCAGCAUAUAUUCCAACUAAUCCAUCGCAACUUCCGUAUCCACCUGGGUCUCUGGGACGAAGAACACACAACAGAAGAGUGUGCGCGGUUCCGACACCCCAAGGUAGGCAUGGUGAUGCAAAUGGUGCUCUUUCAGUCUAUGAACUUGGGGUUUAAGGGGGAGUGCCGGUGCUGGGCGAGGGAGCAACUGGAGAGACUCGGCCGCGGGACGGAUGUGUUUCCGGGGAUGGCGUUCAUAAAUGCGCAUGCGGCGAUGGAUCGGUUUUCGGGGGAUGUGCAGGAUAAGGUGGGGCUGGUGCCGUUGCGUCACAGGGUGGUACCCGUGGUGAGGCAAAUCCGGACGUAG